UGUCGCAGCACGGCGUGGUGUUUGGUGAGUCAUCAGCUGCAGAUAAACACGCUUGUAAAGAGAAGAACGUGGAUGCACAAUAUGGCAACACGUACUGUAAAACAGGGCAUACAUACCCAAAGGAAAAAGAAAAUAAAAAAAGAUUGCGUACUAUAUCCUGAUUAAUAAAUCGAUUUUGAUGCUAGCUCUGUAUUUUCCAGCUACUAGUUGCAGCGGGAAUAAGCACUUGUUAGUUUCAUUGAGAGCAAGGAAAUAUAUUCAAGUUGAAAAGAUGAAGCAGCAAUUCAAGUCCGGUGGAGGGGGAGCCAGCAUGCAACGCAGCGAAAGCAUGAGACUACAGGAGAGGAAGGUGAAGGAUCUCAUGGUGGAUAAGAAGAGGCUGGUGGAGGUGCCAUACACGGCGUCCCUGGCUGACACCAUGAACACGCUGGUCGCAAACAGGGUGUUGGCUGUGCCAGUGGCAGCCCCGCCGGGACAGUGGAUCGGCGCGGGGGGUUCGAUGAUCGUGGAGUCUGACAAGCAAACAGGAGUGGUGAGAAAGCACUACAUCGGGAUGGUGACGAUGCUUGAUAUAGUGGCCCACAUAGCCGGCAAGGACCACUUGGAUUUGGGUGGCGGCGGCGAUGAGAUGACAAACGAUCUCCAUGAAAGGAUGUCUGUCUCUGUUUCUUCCAUCAUUGGCCACUCUUUUGAAGGGCUUAGCCUGUGGACUCUUAAUCCCUACACCAGCCUGUUAGAUUGCAUGGAAGUGUUUAGCAAAGGAGUUCAUCGUGCGAUGGUGCCGGUGGACAGCCAGAUGGAGAGUGGAUGGUCACCAGGCGGUGGUGUUGAACUGGUGGAGUCUGCUUCCGGCUACCAAAUGCUGACUCAGCUGGAUGUUGUUAGGUUCUUGAGAGAUCACGCAUCUGACGAGUUACAGGCCAUUCUGGCGCGCUCUGUUCAAGACUUGGCCGCCGACACGGAACAGAUCUAUGCCAUCACUGACCGCACUAUACUCUUGGAUGCCAUCAAGUGCUUAAAGUCUGCCAUGUUGAACGCUGUACCUAUUGUUCAAUCCUCUGAUGACGUCAACCCUGAUGAUCACAGGCAGCUCGUAAAUGGGAGAUUUAGGAAGCUUGUUGGGACAUUCUCUGCAACUGAUUUAAGGGGAUGCUACAUAAACACGCUCAAGUCAUGGUUCGGGAUAAGCGCACUUGCAUUCACCCAACACAUUUCGGCCAGUCCUUUGUUCGCGGCACCGGAAUCACCCAUCUCAUGGAAGGAGCUUGUGACUUGUCAUCUUGAAUCUCCUUUGUCGGAGGUGAUUCACAAGGCAGUUACCAAGCAUGUGCAUCGAGUGUGGGUGGUGAAUCAGCAGUGUUUGCUCGUUGGUGUUGUGUCUCUCACCGAUGUAAUUAGAGUUAUAAGGCUUGCUCUCAUCUCUCCUCCCUCUUCUUCACACCAAUGAUAUGCCACUAAUUAAAUUUCAGUUCAAGAUAGGUGAUAGCUCUCUAAGCAUAUGCAUGUGUUUCAUUUCAUCAUCAUCAUCAUGUGUAAAUGGGAAUAAUGUUUUAUCUUUUUUUUUCCCUAUCAAGUUUAAAUCUCUACAUUUCAUUAC